AUGAAAACACCAAGUCGGAUCCUUUGGUUCGUGCGGCAUGGCGAGCGAGUGGACAACGUCGACAAAACGUGGAAAAAGACCGCCGAACGAUGGGAUGAUCCGCCCCUCAGCGCUCGAGGACACCAACAAGCUCGCGAGGUCGGUGUUGCACUAAUGAACGAACCUAUUGACUACGUGAUCUGUUCGCCAUUCACCCGGUGUGUCGAGACGGCUACCGAAAUCCUCUCAUGUCGAAAAAAUCCACCACGUCUUUGUAUAGAACCUGGCAUGGGCGAAUCAUUAAACGCCUGCAUGUCGCCUCCUGGUCGACCAACGAUGGAACAGAUCAAGCAAAUGAACCCAGACGUCAACGAUUCUUAUGAACCGGUUUUCACAACAUUGCCACCGGAGCAUGGUGGAGAUGCGGGUUGCAUUCCACGGGUUACUGUGACCUUACGAAACAUACUGGCUAAAUACCCUACGGGUAACAUACUAUUCAUCUCUCAUGCAAGUCCAAUUGCUGCCUGUCAUGUGGCGCUAUGCGGGUCAUGGAAUUACGUUGGACAAUGCACUAUAGGUGAGUGCUUUUAG